ACCCUUGUUUGCCUGCAUGACACAGUACGCAAGCGCGUCAGUUGCCUUGGGGCUCGGCCAGGCAGUGCGUGAGUGACGCUCAGCCGCAGCCCUUUCCCCCCUUCCCUCCCUUAGCCAAUCCCUUCUCUCGUCUCUCGGUGCGCGUUGACGUCACAAAAGCGGCCCCGCUAUAUAAACCGACGGCCGUUUAAACCCCGCCCUUCCUGCCGUCUUUCCAUUUUUUGGCGUCCCCUCUUUCGGAGGCUGAAGAGCUCCCUCGUCGCCUCCCUCGCCGCCACUGCCUUCUGCCGUCGCCCCCGCCGCCGCCUCCGACACAGGAAGGGAAGCGAAGCGCGUCGUAUGUCCGCUAUCCAGAACCUCCACUCCUUCGACCCCUUUGCUGAUGCAAGUAAGGGUGAUGACUUACUUCCUGCUGGGACUGAGGACUACAUCCAUAUAAGGAUCCAGCAGCGAAACGGCAGAAAAACCCUCACCACUGUCCAGGGCAUAGCCGAUGAUUAUGAUAAAAAGAAACUGGUGAAGGCCUUCAAGAAGAAGUUUGCCUGUAAUGGUACUGUGAUUGAGCACCCAGAGUAUGGAGAAGUGAUUCAGCUUCAGGGGGACCAGCGUAAAAACAUAUGUCAGUUUCUCAUUGAGAUCGGACUGGCUAAAGACGACCAGCUGAAGGUCCAUGGGUUUUAAAUGCCAGCGGGUCACUGAAGUCUCGAGGGAGAAGGCUUCCCUCUGAUGAGAAACCUUUGUGUCCCAUGUCACUAGUUUAAAAACGAGCCUGUUUGCAUAAUGUAAUCACAUCAGGUACCCUUUUUAGUCCAGUGUAACUUAGCAAUGUAAUAAACUGACAAGAGCCCAUGUUGUUUCGUCUUGGCUGUCCCUCAUUUAAACACAGCCCUGUUGUGGUGGUGUCCAGCCCAGAAGCUUAUUCGACACAAGAAAUUCCUAGUAAGGCGCAAUGGAUGUUCUGGCUGUGUCCGGAGCUGCCCCAAAUAUUCAGACCCCGCCUUAUUUCAUAAGCAACUGAGACUGAUACCUAGAGAUUCCUGUCAUUGUCCUUAGUGAACUGUGACACUAAAUGGCAGAGGUCAGGACUUGGGUCUGAAUUAUACCACCACCUAGCUGGAGAAAAGUCAUUGGGGAUGCAGAAACCAAACCCCCCCUUUAUACAGAGACGGGCACUGAAGUGACCAAACCCAAAGACACAGCAGUUAGCAGGCUUGGGAUCUGCAGCUCAGAGUUAAGAGGAAGGAGAUGUAUUAAGCUAGCGCUGUCACCACACAGCGCUGCUUUAGCAACUAACAGUGCUGUGAAGCAAGUUCUUGGUUUGAAUCCUGAUGUUCUGUGUAAUGUAUUUAAACACUUAUUUAAAUAAAAAAAAUUUUCAGAAA